UCCACCGAAGCCGCCGACCUCGGUCAAGCGCGCUACGACCACGACACCGCCGCCAUCGGCGACCGCGACGACGCGCUUUAUGCUGCGGGCCCCGUUCUCGUCCGCCAAGGCCGUGCCCCUGCCGGCAUGGAGCAGCGCGUCUUCGCGUGGUCGACAUUCCAGUACGAGACGGACGAGCGCGACGGCCGCGAGGAGCUCAAGGGCGACUUACAUGGGGGCCAGCUGCAUCGGCAGAAUCGCGCGGCAAGGGGCGAGCCUACGGGUCCGCCGCCGCCGAGGGAGACGCGUGGGGGAAAGAGUACGAGGAGCGGACGCGGUGGCGAGAUGGGUGCGCAGCACGGCAGUAGGAACGGAAAUGGUGGGUUGGAGCCAUUGAUUUGUGGGGUGAGGGAGAGUGAGGGGACGCCGAAGUUGGCGAAGGGGAUUUCCGAGGAGCUGGGUGCAGAAUUGUUCUGGGAUGGGCCGAUC